CGGCGGAUUGCUUAUAGGCUAGACCUAACGCACGACGGCGUACCACGAAGACAGACGCGCGCGCGCGACGCCUCGCAUCGAUAACGGGCAGCCCCCGCGCCAUCGCCGCGGCCGGCGCUCCGCAACAGUACAAGAGGUAGGCAGCCCCAAGGCACUCGCAGGGCCGCACGAUGGGCAAUGGCUCCUCCCUGCCGAGCGAGUACAAACAAAAAAUCACAGCCGCCUUCCAGAUAAAAAACACGGAGGCAUGGCGGAACGCCGACGACUUCGACGAUGAAUUGGAGAUGCGGAAUGAAUUGAUGAACCUGCGAGCGCUCGCCGCGGAGCUCGUCAAGGAUGAUAGAAGGAAGUCCACGGUGUAUGUGCAGCCCACGGAGAAGUCCUUGGCAGUCAAAAAAAUGCUCCACGCGGCGAUGGCCAUGAAUCCCUUCUUCAAGCGGUGUCGGACGCCGGAGAAGGAGGAGAUGCUCGGAGCUUUCAAGUUUGUCCACUUUGAUGCGAAACACGUGAUCAUACAACAGGGCGAUCGGGGCGACGAGUUCUACGUGCUCGAGUCAGGUACUGUCGAAUUUCACGUGGAAUCGAGGGGCAAGGUCGGCGCGUGCGGCAUGGGUCGGGGGUUUGGCGAGUUGGCGUUGAUGUACAACACGCCUCGAUCGGCUUCCUGCAUCGCCGCGACGGAGUGCACGGCCUGGACCCUUGAUCGAAGUACGUUUCGCGCGAUUCUGGCGAAGCACGCUAAAAAAAGAGCUCUCGCCUACAAGGAGCUUUUGAAGAAAGUAAUAUUGAACAAGGACAAACACUUCAUGGGGCCGACGCGCCCGCUGACGGACUGCAUCACGGAGGCGCAGUUGACGAAAUUGGCCGGUGCGAUGGACGAGGAGUGCGGAGCCGCGUCCGGACGUCGCCUUCAGUCGUGGCCUCGCGUCGAUGGCGUGCCAGUGGUCGGAACGCCAUCGCCGCGACCCGUAACAACCACGCAGGCACCAAUUGGAUGGCACGGACAUUAUUAGGGAGGGCGACGAGGGCAAGACCUUCUACGUCAUCUCUUCCGGUACCGUCGAAGUCACGAUAAAGGACGUAGGGAAAGUAGCCGAGCUUCAUGAGGGAGACUACUUCGGCGAACGAGCCUUGGUGGCCGACGACAAGCGCACGGCGACGUGCACGGCGAUCGGGAAUGAUUGCCGCGUGCUCACGUUGGACCGAGAAGACUUUGUGGCUCUAUUGGGAAGCGUCGAGGACCUCGUGCAGCACGGCACCAACGAGGAAGUAGAAGUUGUUGAGCAAGAAGAUAGGGUAGCUUUGGACGUCACUCUAGAAGUUCUAGAUGUACAACGAACGUUGGGUCAUGGGGCCUUCGGGAAAGUACAACUCGUCAUGGACCGGAGGAAUGGCACGAGCUACGCUCUCAAAUAUCAGUCGAAGGCCAUGAUCGUCGAGAACUCGCUCUGCGACCAUGUUUUACGAGAGAGAGAAAUGCUCAUGAAGCUCGACCACCCUUGUAUAGUUAAAUUAUAUUGCUCCUUCCAAGACCGGUGUUACAUCUACUUUUUGUUGGAGAUAUUAACGGGUGGCGAGAUCUUCGCCUACCUGCGGAAGCAGCAGCGCUUUUCUGAAAGCACUUGUAAAUUCUACGCGAACGCCGUGACGCAAGCGCUACAGCACAUGCACGAGAAACGAGUAGCCUAUAGAGACUUGAAGCCGGAGAACAUCUGUUUGGAUUCGCGAGGCUAUCCUCGACUAGUAGACUUUUCGCUAGCCAAGGUCGUCGACACGCGGACGUGGACGCUCUGCGGCUCGCCGGACUAUCUAGCCCCGGAAAUCAUUUUGAAUGAGGGCCACGACCGCGCCGUGGACUACUGGGCGCUAGGAGUGUUGGCCUUCGAGAUGGUCGACGGGAAGACACCGUUCUUCGCCGAGCGGCCGAUGGACGUCUACGAGAAAAUUCUCGAGGGCAAGUACAAGAUGCCUCCUCAUUGCUCUGGUCAUUUGGAAAAUAUUAUACAUUUGCUGUUGAGGCCGAACCAAGGUAAGAGGUUAGGUAACGGCAAGGGCGGCGUCGAGGCGAUCAACGACCACCGCUUCUUCGCCGGGUAUACGUAUGUUACUGCUCGCGUGCCUAUCAAAAUUGAAAAAGCCGAGGACUCCGACGAGAGCGACGUGGAGAACUAUUUUGUGGAAGACGAGGAGGAGAAGGGUGACGACGUGGCUCCGGAGCCGUCGGCCUGGACGCCGGCGCUGGACGCGGGGGCGGAGAUCCGGCUCUGAGUGGCGCGUCGACGGCGUUGUCCGAGUCCGCCCCCACGCCAUCGACGCGAAGUUCUCCCGGUACCGAGGCUGUGAUGUGAUAAGAAUAAAGAUUAGUG